AUGUCAGGGGAGUUUGAGGACGUUCUCACUAAUCAACCGGUGGUCAUAGAUAAUGGCUCAGGGGCAAUCAAAGCUGGCUUCGCCGGCCAGGAUCACCCAAAAUGCUUCUUUCCUUCAUUCGUCGGACGACCGAAACACAUACGCGUCAUGGCUGGAGCUCUGGAAGGCGACGUCUUUAUAGGAAAGAAGGCUCAAGAGUUUAGAGGCCUUCUAAAGAUAAAGUAUCCUAUGGAACACGGAAUUGUAACGGAUUGGGACGACAUGGAACGCAUAUGGAACUGGGUAUACGCUGAGGAGCUGGGCACAUUGAGCGAGGAGCAUCCUGUCUUGUUGACAGAAGCGCCUCUAAAUCCCAGAACGAACAGGGAUGUGGCGGCACAAAUAUUCUUUGACACUUUCAACGUCCCAGCAUUGUAUAUCUCCGUCCAAGCCGUGCUAUCACUAUAUUCGUCAGGUCGAACAACUGGCAUCGUUCUCGACUCCGGGGACGGUGUCACACAUGCAGUUCCAGUGUUUGAGGGCUUCUCCAUGCCGCAUGCCAUCCGUCGAGUGGACGUCGCAGGACGAGACGUCACAGAUCAUUUACAGCUCCUCCUUCGCAAAUCCGGUCACCAUCUCCACACAACAGCAGAACGCGAGGUUGUUCGAACCAUCAAAGAGAAGUGUUGUUACAUCGCCGUCAACCCCGCGAAGGAGGAGAAGGAUACUUUGGGACGCGUAGAGGAAUUCAGACUACCAGACGGAAAUACCGUUCAGCUUGGCCCCGAACGGUUCAGAGCACCCGAAAUUCUGUUCAACCCAGAAAUUAUCGGACAAGAGGACGCAGGCGUGCACCAGGUUGUGGUGGACUCUAUCAACCGGGUCGACCUCGACCUGCGAAAGAGCUUGUUCUCUAACAUCGUGCUCAGUGGCGGCAGCACGCUUUGUCGCGGGUUCGGUGAUCGGUUAUUGAACGAGGUGAAGAAACUGGCACUGAAAGAUGUGAAGAUCAAGAUUUACGCACCUCCAGAACGGAAAUAUUCGACAUGGAUCGGAGGGUCUAUUCUGGCUGGCCUUAACACCUUCAAGAAGAUGUGGGUUUCGGCAGAGGAAUAUCAAGAGGAUCCAGAUAUCAUCCACAAGAAGUUCGGUUUCUAG